AGUCAGUCAGUCGCGCGACUGGCACCGCAGUGUGCAGACCCAAUUAUUGCUCUGCAAAAUUACAUAAAUAUAUACAUAUAUAUAUAUAUGUUUACAAUAAUUCAUUUUAUCAAUUUUCACGCGCUCCGAUAAUUCAACCUACGAGUACAAAAGAUUUAAUUACAAUCACGAUUAUUGUACACGAUUUUAAAUAAAAUAUAAAUUAACAUUUCCCGUUUCCCCUAUCAAUCGAUUGUUUUUCUCUAACGAUGGUAUUACGGUUGAUCAUGAAUGCUCUUUUUAUUACGAUUUGAAAAAGAAUGCGCAACAAGCGGUACGAGUUGGUCGUAUUUUCUUAAAUCUUCGUCGAAACGUCUUCUUCGUCAGUUCGAGUGGUUUCUUUUUUUUUUAAUUCAAAUUCGAACAGUGCUAUCCCGAUACCGCGAAAAGUCGAUUAGGAUAUAUAAUUGAACAUUUAAAUAAUCUGCGCGCCAUCGAUUGCGAACUUUUUCGAAUGAAUUUGAAAUAUAUGGAUAAUAAGUCGUGAAGGAUUUUAAACGAUUGACAUUUUUCAAAUUCAAUCGGUAAUCACCGAUCAGUGCGAGUGACGAAUUAUUGACGCAUAUACGUACAAUUGUCACAAUUUUAUAUAUUGAGUGAACCAAGUAUUUUAUCAUCAUCGGAUUACUUGUAAUCGAAUAAUUCGGAAGAUAGACCGAAAAUUGCAACGAUGACGUGGAGAUCGAGAAAGGACGUGAUGGUCUGAUCGUACAUUUAAUCCGGAAGGAAACAAAAUUUUCGCUCCUGCAGCCGCGCUGUCUUCUUUCCACAUUAUUCAACGAAAUUUCUAACCCCCGCGAUCAGCACGAUUUGAAAAGUAACGAACAAAAAAAAAAAAAAAAAAAGGAUAAAACAAAAACCGUCAAGAUGACGAUUAUCAAGAGUUUCUUCAGGCGGAUAAUCAAGGAUUUCCAGCACAAAGAGUUACUUCCCCUGAAGUUACUAUUUUUCGUACAAUCAUCCACACUCUUCGUUCUUUAUCCAUACCUGACAAUCCACAUGCGAGAGUUGGGCAUAAAUGUCGAGGAAACUGCGAUAAUGAGCGCCGUGACCCCCGUCGUAGCGAUUGUGAUGCCACCGUUGGCAGGGAUGGUUGCCGACCGGAUUGGCAAUUUCAAGAUUUUGCUCUGCGUAUUUUCUUCCCUCGGUGGGGCAGCGGCCCUUCUACUCCUCCUAGUUCCCGUGGGAAGAGUGACCGUCAAAUUUCCGGAAAGAGUCGUCAUGGAUCUCGGUUGUCCGGGUGCGAACGGCGACCUGGUUUACACUAUGAGUCAGGCGAAUCCCUGCGAGACUCAAUUGGUGCCGGAAAUAAACACGAACAUGGAAAGCUGCGGAUAUAUUUGCCACGCGGAUUUGCACAACAACACCGAAGUAGAGGCGAUACUGGCCGCCAGAGCGUACACGGUUAGACAUUUCGAUCUUGCGACCGGCUCGAAUGUCUCCUUCAAGUACACCAUAUCGAAAUCUGAAUUACCUCAGGCUAACAAAGCGAAAGAAGACGUGAGGGAACGUCGUCUACUGGCAAAUAAUGAAUUCUACAAGACCUCCAUAAGACAGCUUUCAAAAAGUACUUAUUUCUUCCCAACGAGUAAACUUUACGAAUUUUCUUGCACCGAGUCAAACGCCACGUUGAAUCAGACCAAUUGUGCAUUCGGAGAAUUCGGAGUUACGACAAAUUCAAGCAACGACAAUAUCAAUCAUCGUGGCUAUAAAUCAAAACUAAAACUACUCAACGCUACGAACAUCGACAUUCUCGAAGCGAAACGUCAGUACAUAUCAGAGGCGAUAUCUUGGACCGGAAAUUACGGAUUUCAGAAAUUGAAAUGUGCCAAUCCGGACAGGAAAGAACAAAAAAUCGCACUCACCGUACCGCUGAUUAAUUACACCAACGGUGUCGAUGUCUAUAAAUCACUUUACAUGGAAGGAUGCAGCAAAAGAUGCGUCGUUACAGCAGCUAGAAAAGAUAUCUGCUCGAACACGGAAACCGUAAUCGAAUACAACAUCAAACUUACUUUUUGGUUGUAUCUCGUGAUAAGGGUUUUCAUUGGGAUGAUCGGAGGCACCGCGUUCGCAAUGUUCGAAGGUGCCGUUAUAGCCAUUCUGAGGGAACAAAAAGCGGAUUACGGAUUACAGAGAAUCUACGGUAGCAUAGGCGGUAUGAUAUCUUCGCCGCUUUCGGGGAUGCUAAUCGAUUACGUCAGCAGUGGUAAAGAGUACACAGAUUUUAGACCGGCUUUUUACCUCUACGCUGGUCUCAAGAUAAUGUCUGGUAUCCUCAUGCUCUCCAUGAGUCUCGAGUUCAAGGCACCGGCCAAAAACGUUGUGAGCGACGUUUUGGGCGUUCUAAAAAACGUAGAACUCGUAGCUCUUUUCAUCGCUUGUUUCAUUUUAGGAACCGCUUGGGGUUACAUCGAAUCGUUCCUUUUCUGGCUGAUCCAAGACUUGGGUGGCUCUAGAUCGCUGAUGGGCAUCACAAUAACGGUCGGAGGAAUCGCUGGAAUCCCGUUACUGGCCAUGUCGGGUCCGAUAAUCGAAAAAAUCGGGCACGCAAACGUGCUUUUUAUCGGUUUCAUAUUCUACGCCGUCCGACUAGUCGGCUACUCCCUAAUUUACAACCCGUGGAUGUGUCUCUACUUCGAAGCUCUGGAAUCCGUCACAUCUAGUUUAAGUUUUACGGCAGCCGUAACAUACGCUGCCAAAUUAUCGACUACGACCACCGACAGUUCGAUCCAAGGACUUUUGGGUGGACUUUACUACGGCGUUGGCAAGGGAUCGGGAAGUCUGAUCGGUGGUUAUCUGAUGAAGAGCGUAGGCACUCGUCCCACGUACCAAAUAUUGGGUGGAAUGUCCUGUAUAACAGGAAUCGUUUAUUUCUUGUUCAACCGACUGUAUCUGCGAAAAAGACCGCAGGUCGAGGGUAACGAUAUCGUUAAAAAGAAGCCGAAAAAGAGGGACGCCGAGGUUGCCGAUCAAGGACCGGUCGAAUUGACGGAGAAAUCGGGUUACAAAGAGAAGGAGGAAAAGCGGGACGAUAAGAUUUCUUACGGUUCUGAAAACAAAGCCUUUUCCAACGAUGGAACUGAUAAGAUAAAAUCGGAAGUCUCCGAUAUUCAAACGCAGGACUCCGAGGCGAAAGAAAUCGAAGCGAUCAAGAACGCCAAGAAUCUCGACAGGAUAGAGAAAAUUGACGAGGUAGAGAAUACCGAAGUCAUCGGUAAAAACAAAAACGAACUCGCGGUUGAAAAAACGGGAACCGACGACACGAGCAACUGUAAAAAGAACCUUCAGAACGGAAGCACGAAUCUUGCAUACGAAACCGAACAAGACACGGACGCGGGCAAAUGUAAUGUCACUAUCGAAAAGGAGCCCGACGAAAGAAAGUAAGAGAUUUUCGAUAAGGUGGAACUCUAGACAAAUUAAUAUUGACGAAACAAAAGAAAAGAAAUAAAUAAAAUGUUGUACAGUAAUUUUUACCUACCAAGUAAUGAUCGAAAGUUAUCGAUAUAUAUACAUAACAUAUCUGAAUAUGUUUGAUUAUUUAUGUACCUAUUUUUAAUAGUAAAACUGUUGUAAUUUGUUAUAUAAAUGUAUAGAUUAUUGAACAUCGUCGAUGAUUAUUACUAGUGAUUAAGGUAUUUAGGACAGAAACAUCUGAUAAAGGUGUUGAGACAUUCCUUAUAUACUCCAAUUACCGAAUAAUCACCCAUGUGAAAAAAUUUCAGUAGAUAUGUAUUGGAUUAUCGGUCGAAAUUGGAACACAGUCACUGAAAAAUAUUUUAGAAAAUUUGCGUAGCAAAAAAUUGAAACUUUCAAUAAAAUCCGAAUCAAAUCAUCGCGUUAUUACUUUCCGCGAAAAGUUUCACAAGAUUCCUAAAAAUACAAAAAGAGUAGAAUAUCACUAAAAUGCCAAGUCUCUAAAAUGAAAAAAAAAAAAAAAUCUUGAAUAAGAAUUUCUCAGAUCUGAUUCAGGUGUGAAGGAAAAAAGAAGUCAAAACGUACCCCACUUGACCGAUUUUUUAUGAUUGACGUUCGAUUUUGUAUCGUGAAAUCCAUCGCGGUGUUCCAAAUUCGAGCGAUCAGGUAGUUGUUACACAUCGGUUGACAAUCAUCGGAGAUAACAAUUGUCAAUUAUAAUCUGAUAUCGCCUAUCCCAAGAAAAGAAAUGGAUCGUAAAAAAAAGCUAACAAAUAUUUCCGACUCGUCGAUUUAUAAUUUAGCGCCAACCCUGAUUAUGUGAAUUAGUCAAAAUCAAUCAGUUACCGAGGUCAAAUCAAUUAGGUCAUAACUAUAAAUUACAAAGAAAAAGGUUCCUAUGAAAGCAAAACGUAAUGCUGAAGUCCGAUUGGAUUACGAUGUUUUUUUCUAACAUGGAGAAAAAAAGAAUUGCAGUACACAUAUUUCUGAAACUGUAUCAGAACCUACCGUGGGUUAUUGAAUAAAUAGUGAUAUUACAGUGCAGGUAACAAUGCGAUACGCAUUUAGAUUUUAGUUAGUAUCAUCCGAAGUUCAAACAACAUUUAGAUAAUACGAUAUAGUUUUCUUUUGUUAGUAAAAUCCGAAAAAUAAAAUAAAAACGUGAAAUCUAGAAUACCGAUAAGUAUAAGACGUAUUAUUAAGAUUUGCAUUAUAAUAUUAUAAUCGUAGGGAGUAUGGAGGAGACGGAAUCACCUGAUCUGAGCAAAUGAUGACGACGACGACGAUUUUUAUGAAUUCAUUGAAAACUUUCGAUCGCAGCUUGCGUCUUGUCUACCUCAAGACCUGUAGAUUAUAUUAUCAGUAUUUUAAAGCUGACCCAAUUGUUGUACGCAGUUGUUAAUCAGCGAUUGUUAACUAAUAAAAAUAAUUACGAAAA